AUGUGGUACACUGGCAGGUGUCUGACAAUCCUACAAAAGUACAAAGCAUUAACUGACAAUUAUAAGGAAUCUGGAGCUGUCCACACCUUCCAGAGGCUUCAGGGCUGUGAAUGGGACAAUGAGACUGGAGAGGUUAAUGGAUUUGCUCAGUUUGGUCAAGAUGGAGAAGACUUCUUAGCAUUUGACCCAAAGACACUGACAUGGAUCGCACAAAAACCAGAAGCUGAAGAUACCAAACACAUCUGGGACAAAGAUAGACACAGAAAUGAAGAUUGGAAAAACGUUCUUACUCAGCUUUUCCCUGAGUUUUUGAAGAGAUAUUUGGACCUUGGGAAGAGCCAUCUGCUGAGAACAGACCUUCCCUCAGUGUCUCUCCUCCAGAAGACUCCCUCCUCUCCAGUCAGCUGCUUCGCUACAGGUUUCUUCCCUGACAGAGCUGAGACAUUCUGGAGGAAAGAUGGAGAGGAGCUUCAUGAGGACGUGGAGCUUGGAGAUAUCCUCCCCAACCAUGAUGGAUCCUUCCAGAUGAAUGUUGACCUGAACAUUUCAUCAGUCACACCUGAAGACUGGAGGAGGUACGAAUGUGUGUUUCAGCUCUCUGGUGUGAAGGACAACAUCAUCACCAAACUGGACAAAACUGUGAUCAAGACCAACUUUGUUCCAGUUCCUCCCUCAGACUCCCCUACUGGUCCUGUUAUUGGAGCUGUUGUUGUACUGCUGCUGCUCCUGGCAGUCUGCAUCACUGGAGUGUUCAUCUGGAGAAGGAGAAAUGGUGAGGGACAACAAUGCGCUUGA